AUGGGUAGAAGAGCUUGGGGCUGUACAAUCUGUCGCACAAUCCAGACCAGAUCUCGGGGAAUUACCUUUCACAGGUUUCCCAAAGAGAAAGAGUUGAGGAGGCAGUGGGAAGUAGUUGUAAGAAGGGAAGGCUUUUCCGCCAGUGAGUCGUCCCUGCUCUGCAGUGAGCACUUCAAGCCGGAGGACUUUGACAGGACAGGACAGAUCCCUGUCAGGAUUACAGAUGGAACUAAACCAUCUGUCUUCAGUUUCCCGACUCAUCUCAAAAGACCAGUGGCAACCAGGACAACGCAAGCCUCAAGGAAGGCUGAAGAGAGCCUAUCAGCAGACUGUUCUCUUCAUUUCCAAGAGACUGAACCUCUGCCUAAUGACCACUACUAUGCAUUGCCUGCACCUGUCACUGGUCAAAAGGCCAGACUCGGUGAAGCCUCGGCUAGGGUGUAGAGUCUGGAGCGAGAGAUGAGGAACGCAAAGGACCGAGAACGGAGGGCAAAGAACACAAUGCAUGAUCUUCUGGAGGAUCUGAGGGGGAAGAAUCUCAUAAAUGAAGAGCUGAAAGAAAGGCUCGAUUUCAACUAAGAGCUCCUGUCAAAACCGGACCACAAGUACACAAAAGACCAGAGGGAGUUUGCCCUCACUCUCCACCUACAUGGUCCAAAAGCGUAUAGCUAUUUGAGAGAGUCUCUCCAUCUUAACCUCCCACAUCCACAUACAUUGCAGAAGUUCUGUGGAUGCCAAGCCUGGCCUCAACAUGAUGAUGUUGGACAUGUUUAAAAGAAGACGAGAGGACGACCCUGCUAAAUGUGGAUGUGUGACUCAUGUUGGAUCACAUGGCUAUCAAAAAACAUGUCCAGUACAGUCCUCAUACCCAGAAAAUGUCUGGAUUUGUGGACAUGGGGGAUGGAAUGAAUGAGACGGAUGUUGCCACUGAGGCUCUUGUUUUUAUGGUGGUUGGACUACAAGGCCAUUGGAAGGCUUCAAUUGCCUACUACCUGACCAAGUCUCUUAAAUUACAGGGUGGCAACUCACCAAAAAAGCUGUGCAGAACAGUUUUGUUCCAAGGGUUUUAGCCAUACACAUAUAUAUGUAGACGCCGCAGUGGCCGCUGGACCGUACGUCAACGUCGCUGCCAUAUUGUUAAUGAAAUUUCGAUACGUCAGUCCGUUUCCAAUAUACAAAGGCCAAAAGGUGGCGCUACAGCAAGGACGUUUACAUUUUAGCCUGUAUGUCAGGAAUUCUUAAAAUUAAUUGCCUCAUGGCAAAAUUUAAUCUGAGAAAAUAAACGGUUUGAUGUAUCCAACUUUCUUUGAUAACUUUCGGGAAGCAUGGUCUGUAGAUGUUUCACACUGAAUUUCAGAAGAAUCUGACAAACGGUCUCGGAUGAGAUGAUAAAAGUAGGUAUUUCAGACAGUGUGAAUAGGCAGGAAGACUAAGGUGUACGACAUCACAAUUGUUAGAUAUUUGUUAAUAGUUAUAAUUCAUUACCUUUAUUAUUCAUAUUUUUCUUAAGAAAUGUUUACGUUGCUUGGAGCCUUGGCAAUACAACAGUUUGAGUUCGUGAAUUCGGUAGGUCCGAUCAAGAAUGCUCCGUGGUGCUGCGGGUUGACCCCACAUCAUGACAUCCUGGAGGUCACCAGUUUUAAUCCCUACAUAUGCUUGGCUUUCUGAACGAAUUUUUGUUUUUUUGUUU